AUGACCCUCAUCACGGCCCCCUUUGAACGCGUCAAAGUCCUCCUCCAGAUCCAGGGCCAAAACCCCCCCCCGCCCGGCCAGAAACCGAAAUACUCCGGCGGUCUGGACGUUGUGCGCCAGUUGUACAAGGAGGGCGGCAUCCGCAGCGUCUUCCGCGGCAGCGCCAUGACUUUAGCCCGUGACGGGCCCGGGUCGGCCGCUUACUUCGCCGCGUACGAGUAUAUCAAGCGCGCGCUGACGCCCACGGACGAGCACGGCAAUGCCACCGGUCAACUGUCCCUGCCUGCUGUUGUGGCGGCGGGCGGUGCCGCUGGUGUGGCCAUGUGGAUUCCCGUUUUCCCCAUCGACACGGUCAAGUCCAGGUUGCAGAGUGCGGCGGGACGACCGACGAUCGGGGGGACCAUUCGCUCUUUGUAUGCUGCGGGAGGGUUUAAGGCAUUUUUCCCUGGUUUCGCACCUGCGUUGGCUAGGGCUGUUCCUGCUAAUGCAGCCACUUUCCUCGGGGUCGAGCUGGCGCAUAAAUUUAUGAACCGGCUCUUUGAAUAG